AUGGGCAAACCAGAAGCAUAUCACACUUCAUUUGAGCAGGAGAAUUUCAAAGAUGCGCCGCCACCGCCGUACGAGAUUUCGUUUGAAAACUCGGUGACUACCGCAUUACAAGAAAAUGGCCGCUUUACCAUGAAUUUUGCGCCUGACAGUAAACUUCUUCAGUCAUUACCACCACUUCCAACACAAGACCAGCCAGAAACUCCCUGGUCAAGAAGCUUCGAAGAGAGUCGAUCGUUUCCAGUACUCAAUAUCGUAAUGCAGGUAGUGGGUAGCAGAGGUGACGUCCAGCCAUUUAUAGCUCUAGGCGUGGAAUUAUUGAGAGUCGGUCAUAGAGUACGAUUAGCAACCCAUGAUACGUUUCGCGACUUUGUAACCAAAUCUGGUCUUGAAUUCUUUCCUAUCGGCGGCGAUCCCGCAGAGUUAAUGGCCUAUAUGGUUAAAAAUCCAGGAGUCAUACCCACCUUGGAGACUCUACGAGGAGGCGAAAUUCCGAAAAAGCGAAAGAUGGUAAAGGAGAUGUUGAAAGGAUGCUGGAGAUCAUGCAUCGAGCCAGAUCCUAUUACGAACAUACCAUUUGUCGCAGAAGCUAUAAUUGCGAACCCUCCGAGCUUCGCACACGUUCAUUGUGCUCAAGCAUUGGGAAUACCUGUCCACUUAAUGUUUACAAUGCCUUGGACGGCCACACGAUCAUUUCCUCAUCCACUGGCGAACAUCCAGGCAACAGAUGCCGAUCCAUCAAUCGUUAAUUAUCUUUCUUACGGAAUGGUAGAUGUGAUGACAUGGCAAGGUCUUGGAGAUCUGAUCAAUGGCUUUCGACGGGACACCCUUGAUUUAGAAAAGGUACCAGCAAUGUUUGAUUCAAAUUUGGUACAAACUGGAAAAGUUCCGUUUACGUACUGCUGGUCGCCAGCCCUCAUUCCCAAACCAACAGACUGGCCUUCCACAAUAGAUGUUUGUGGCUUCUUUUUUCGAACACCACCGUCAUAUGAACCGCCCCCAGAUAUUGAUGAGUUUCUCCGAGCGGGCUCGAAGCCAAUUUACAUAGGUUUUGGAAGUAUUGUAAUGGAAGAUGCACAGACAAUGACGCAAAAUAUCAUUGCUGCCAUUGAAGAAUGCGGAGUACGAGCUAUUGUAUCCAAGGGCUGGAGCAAACUCGGUGGUGGAUUGGAACAUGAGAAAAUACUGUUCAUAGACGACUGCCCUCAUGAAUGGCUAUUUCAGCAUGUGUCCGCCGUUAUUCAUCACGGUGGUGCCGGUACUACUGCCUGCGGUCUGCUGAACGGGCUACCUACUGGCAUUGUUCCCUUUUUUGGCGAUCAACCAUUUUGGGCUAAUAUGGUCGCUGCCGCAGGCGCAGGCCCACCACCAAUCGAUAUAAAGUUAUUGAAUCCCGCCAUGCUCUCCUCAGCAAUCCAGACUUUACUAUCCCCAGCCACCGUUGUAGCCGCAAGAGCAAUUUCUCACAAAAUGCAGACUGAAGAAGGAGUCCGGACGGCUGUGGCGUCUUUUCAUCGCCAUCUAAAUGUAAAAGACUUGAGCUGUGAUAUAGUUCCAGGUCAUGUUGCGACCUGGGCAGUAAAGGGUAGCAAGAAGGGGAAGGAACGAGCGGUGAUUCUGAGCCACAGAGCAGCCAGUGUGCUAGUGGAGAAGAAGAAGAUUCAUGCUAAACACUUGCGCCUGCAUAAAUCAAAACCAAUCCACUACAAAAUCACGAGGUGGGAACCAAUUACGGCGAUAUUAUCGGCUUCUCUUGAUUCCGCUCUGGAUAUUGGAUCAUCCAUCGGCAACCUAGCUUCAAAUCCAGUCAAAGAAUAUCGGAAAGAGAAGUCACGAGCAAUCCGGAGCCGAAUUGCAGGUUCGGACCGUGGAACAGAAGAUAUAUCUCCGGUACCGUCGAUUGCCUCUGGAUCCACCAGCACAACGUUGCUACAAAUCACUGUGCCUGAUGAUCAGGGGGCUUUGUCAAAGCACAGCAUUGAUGAGGCACAAGAAAAAGAGGGCGAAAGUAAUAGUGAAUGCACUCACGGUGAAAUUGAGUCAAGGCAACUAGUUCUGGCAGAUCAAGGUCCGAGAGAGACGAGGGAUAAGUCACAAGAUUCCCGUGGUGCAGGACACGCCGCUAGUCGUGCGCUUGGGAGAGGGUUGGGAAGAGUCGGAAACUCAUUUGUGAAAACUGCCAUCGAUAUACCGCUUGCAUUAAGCGAGGGACUGGCCGCAGUGCCUAAGUUAUACGGAAACAAAGUUCGCGAUGUAGGUCCUGUCUCUGGUUGGAAAUCGGGAACCAAGGCAGGCAUGCGGUCUUUUGGAUAUGGCAUGUACGACGGCUAUGUAGGUCUCUUUACAGAGACAUACAAGGGCAUCCGAGAUCAUGGAGCUCCAGGUCUGCUUUCGGGUUUUGCGAAAGGUUAUGCUGGUUUUGUCACACAACCUGGCUCAGCAGUCCUUGGACUGGUGUCAUAUCCAGCGCUGGGUCUGUACAGGUCGUUGAACACUCGCUAUUCUACGGGUGCUCAGGGGGCGAUUCUACGAGCCCAAAAAGCUUAUGGGCAACUGCUCGCAGAAAAGAAUCCUGUCGUCGAGGAAGAAGCCAGCCAACUUGUUCAAAUGUUUGAUAUGGCCACCAAAGGCCAAGUUUUUGAUCAUGAUGAUGAGGAAUUAAGUGAAGAAAUUCCCGUGGACGAAAGCCAGUACACGACGUUAAGAGAAACGAGCAGUAUUAGGAGUAGUGGCCGGGUCAUAGAGAAGGAUCGGUAUCAACGAUCAACACCCGGCAGUUCUCCCGAGAGAGGUCGUAGCCUCAACCCUCGGUCUACCGCUGUCAGCUAUUCAAGCUCCCUUCGUGCUCAGCCAUGGAGUAUCCGAUCAGUAGAUCAAGAAGACUUUGACCAAACUGAACAUGAUCACGCGGCGCUCACAGAAUUUUCCAAAAGGGACAAUGCAACAGAUAGGCAAAGUCCAUUUAGAGAAUAUAGCGACUCUAGGAGACUCGAAAACAUAUCAGGCACCAUUUCACAAGUACCAAAAUCAACUGGGCGCUUCUUUCCGGCCAAUGAAAAGCCGUCUUUGUCUCAUCGAGAUUCGUUUCAAUCUAUACGCAGUACUCCAAGUUUCCUACCAGACACAGCACAUCAUGGGCCGGAACUUGGCCCACACAACCAGAGUAUGUACAAUCAAAAGAGCUUAACGUAUCCCACAAGCAGCGAAGGCAGUACUCAAUAUUGCCAACCUUAUCGAUUGGCCGAACUCUCUGCGGUUCCCGAGAAAACAGCAAACUUUGUACCCUCUGCCUCUCCACCACCAUAUGAGGAAAGUCCCAUAUCUGAGCGGGAGGCAGGAGAGCUCGACCAAGCUAUACGAGAAAGUAUUGCUUCGAAUAACGAGACACAUCACAAUUCUACAGACACCGAAAAUGCGUUAAAUGUCGCGCUCCGGGAGUCGAUGCGACUAGAAACAGAACGUGAAGCGGUUGAGAAGCAGGAACUUGACGAAGCCAUUCGUCGUUCCAUGAACGUUGCCAGUAACAGUCCUCAAUAUCAUUGA